AAGUCUGCGGUCACACUUGUCGCAUCAAAAUUUCGCCUACUUCGCACUCAAUUUAUCCCGUGUUUUGUGUUGUUUUUCCCCAGCCAGCCUACCAACAAAUCGAUAUGGCAGCUUACACCGAGGAUCAGUUGGCUGAGUUCCAGGAGGCCUUCAAUCUGUUUGACAAUCGCGGCGAUGGCAAAAUUCAGCUGGCCCAAGUGGGCGAAUGCCUGCGUGCCCUCGGCCAGAAUCCCACCGAGUCGGACGUGAAGAAGUGCACGCACCAGCUGAAGCCGGACGAGCGUAUCUCGUUCGAGGUGUUUCUGCCCAUCUAUCAGGCCAUAUCGAAGGCCCGCUCCGGGGACACGGCCGAUGACUUCAUCGAGGGACUGCGUCACUUUGACAAGGACGCCAGUGGCUACAUAUCGUCUGCCGAGCUGCGCCAUCUCCUGACCACGCUGGGCGAGAAGCUCACCGACGAGGAGGUGGAGCAGCUGCUGGCCAAUAUGGAGGACCAGCAGGGCAACAUCAACUACGAGGAGUUUGUCCGCAUGGUCAUGAGCGGCUAGGACAAGCAUCCAGCACCCCCCAAAAAGCACGACGAGACCGAUGACGAGUAGCAGCAACAAAAUCCACACAAAACAAACAAAAGUAGCAACAACAACAACACUAAACACCUGCCAAUCUAUCAGUUAUCAAAGCCGAUGGCCGAUCCAAAUGUAGUUCAUUCCGCCAGAAUUUCCAACUCCGAGAUUCCAAUUAUCAUAUUCCUAUGCCCCAUGUCCAUUGUCCAUCAAGGGACGAUAAUAAUUAAUUAAUAUUCCAACGAAAGACAACAAGACAACAGAACACAACGACCAUGGAACGAUGGAAGUAGACAGACAGAGAGAGAGCGACAGCGAGAGUUGGAGUUGGAGCAACAGGCAGGAGACCAGGGCAGCUCUGCCGCCCCGCCCCGCCCCGCACUAGCCCCAAAAAUAACUAACCAUCGACACAGUACAGUACACUCUUGAAUAACGAAUUAAUCCAGUACACAUCAUCGUGGCCGCGUGAAUAACUUGUGCGUAUUAUUCUAAAGUAAUAAGAGAUAUUUGAACAGUAAUUAAACCCGAUAUUCCGGCGUUUCUUUUGUACGUACCGCAUACUCUAAUCUUAAAAAAAAAAAACAAAACAAAAAUGAAACAUGUUAUACAAUAUACACACAUUACAUACAUACAUACAUAUAUGUAGGACUGGGAUCCCGCAAGGGGAUCUCAAUUUCCACACCGCAGCAAGAGUAUGAUGAAAAGUAUUUAUAAACUAAACUAAAAUCGGAAGGUUCGCGUAUGAUGUUUUGUUUGAAUUUAGAUGCGCAUUUCAAAUUUUUACAUGUUUUUUUUUUUAAUAAUUUAAUAUUUGUAUUUAAUAAACAAGAAAAACAAAAAAAAGAGCAAGUGAGCGUAGGUUCUUUUUACAAGAGAAAAAAAAGUACUUAAAAAUAAAUAAAACCAAUUGAAAGUGUA